UGUAGGCAACCAUUUGCCGUCAACACUGCUGAGUAGCUGCGAACUGGCUUUUUGACACAAGACAUAGGAUAUGCUGCCUACCUUGUCUUCUAUCUAUCUUGGUUAAAUUUUCCUAGCAAUGGUUUAAUACCAAUACCUGUAUAAAACUGACUCGUUAGUCCUAAGCUUGUGCUCCUGGAGGGCCGCAAUGUCAGUGACAGUACACACCAACGUGGGCGAUCUGAAGAUAGAGCUCUUCUGCGAGCAGGCCCCUCGUGCAUGCGAGAACUUCCUAGCCCUCUGCGCCAGCAACUACUACGACAAUGUGCACUUCCACCGCAACAUCAAGGGUUUCAUGAUCCAAGGAGGCGACCCCACUGGCACUGGCAAAGGCGGGCGCUCCAUCUACCCCACCCCCACCGGCAAGUUCCCCGAUGAGAUCAGCGACGCACUCAAGCACAGCAAGCGAGGCAUCGUAUCCAUGGCCAACUCCGGACCCAACACCAACGGCAGCCAGUUUUUCGUGACGUACAAGGCGCAUGCGCACCUCAACGGGAAGUACACGGUGUUUGGCCAGGUGAUUGACGGCAUGGACACACUCGACCGCAUGGAGAAGGUCCCCACGGAUGAGAAGGACCGUCCCAAGACGGACAUCAAAAUCAACAAGGUCACCAUCCAUGCAAACCCCCUGGCUGGGUAGCAUGCGGGGCGGUGGUCGCCGCAAGCACGCACGGCCGGAGCCGCCUAGCCCCGUGUACGGCAGGAAGGCGUACGACAUACGCUUGAGGAUGUCGCAUGCGUGACAAGUGGGCUCUACCUGUCUACGCACUAGCGACCCUACCCGCGGGGGUGCUUUACCCCCCGCACGUGUAGUCGCGCUUGCAGCAGCAGCAGCAGCGGAGGGCUGGGGUGCAGUCUUAGGAGGCUGCUUCCGCUGCCCGGCUAAGUAAGGUCACAGCAUGUUGCUUGUCCCGGUGCGGCUGCUGGCUUUGCGGAGGCCUAACAGAGUUGGCACUGCUGCAGCAGCACUCCUGCAGCAGCCAUGGAAAGGGGAACCGACGGGUGACAGCAUGGCAGCAGCAGCAGGAGGAGGAGGAGGUGGCUGGUGAAAGAAGUGCACCGUGCCUGAUAGGAUAACAGCGUGGGAUCAAACGAUUUAGGGGGAUUGUUGCAGUUAUUGUUUCUAAUGCGGAUUGUACUGCUGUCGCGUUGAUUGGUGUACCGCGCUCUGGAGGGGAACACGGCACGGGUCCUCGACGUUGGCAGCUGCGCGGUCUUCCUAAGGCUUAGUCUUGUUUGGGUCUAUUGAAGCCGCAGCUGCAGCAUCUACGAGGAGGAAAGAGAGCAAGGAGGUGGGGGCGCACGAGUAGUGUGUGAGGAAUCGGGCAGCGGGGGACGAGGCCUUGGGGGCAUAGGCUUUGCACGGAGAGAAAAAGCGCUGUCGCUGCAUGCACUCCAAGGGGGUAAUCCUGCACAUUGUUGACGAGGCCUUUUCAUUUAACCAGCUCGGCUGGUUUCCGUCUUUUAAUUUGCGGACCAAGAAGCAUGUAGGAAGCACGUUUGGAAACGCUGGUGGAAAAUGGGAAUAAAACACGCGAACAAGCAUCCAAAUGUUCCAAAUAUUGCUGCGUUCCUUGUUCCCUUUCAUUGACAGGAAACAGAAGAGGAGUGCACCGGUAGGGGACAUUGAAUGGGCCUUGCACGCCAAUUCACUCUCUUUUGGUUUUGACACAUCAUAAACCAGAACAUACGAAAGGCAAAUGGGAGCCAGGUGUAAGCUCGACUACAUCCCCUGUAAUGAAUGUCACGUGAG